AUGGAUUUAGGGAUUCAGGGUGAUGUAGAUAAUGGGCUUGGAAAUACUCUGAGGAAAAUGGACAGGGAGGACAAGGCUGUUAGAUUAGGCAAGAAGAUUGUGGGGGGAGAUUUUAACAAGGUCAAGAUCGGGGAGGAAAGAAAAGGUAUAAGUGCUAAUAGUAUCAGGGAUAUGAAGGUUUUCAGCGAGUUUAUUGUUGAGCUAAAGUUAACGGACCUUCCGGUGUUUGGUAAUAACUUUACAUGGUUCAAUUCCAGUGGCAAGUGUAGAAGUAGACUGGACAGAUUUUUGGUGGAUGAUCUUUCAAUUUCCAUGCUUUCUCUGAUUAAUCAAUUGGUGGGCGAUAGAGACGUUUCAGACCAUAGGUCUGUGUGGUUGAAGUCUAACUUUGUGAAUUGGGGGCCAAAACCGUUUAGGUCCUUCAACUGUUGGUUUUCUCAUAAGGACUUCAUCCCGUUUGUUAAGCAGUCGUGGAGUUCUUACCAUGUUUCAAGUUCUUACUGCAACAUUCUGAUUAAGAAGUUCUCUGCUUUGAAAAGUGACAUUCGGAGCUGGAACCGUAAUGUUUUCGGUUGGCUAGACUUAAAGAUAGAAGAGUGUGUUUCUAAUCUCAAUAUGGUAGAGCUGGACAGCAUCUUGGAUUCUUCUUCCCAUGAUAAAGAUCUGAACAAGGAAAGAUUGAGAAAUCAGGAGGAGGUGUGGAAGAAUCUCAGGUUAAAAGAAAGCAUGUUGACUCAAAAAUCCCGUUUAAAUUGGCUUCAAGAUGGGGAUCAGAAUUCAAAGUUUUUCCAUGAUUCCUUAAAAUCUAGAUAUCGUUCGAACAGUUUAUCCGCAGUCAGAGUGGCAGAUGGGAUUGAGGAAGACCCUGAAGCCAUUAAAUGCAAAGCUGUGAAGUACUUUAAGGAGAGAUACAAGACCAAAUCAUCGCCCAAGUUUACAAUCGACUUCGAUCAUAUUGUUAGCUUCGAGGAGGAAGACAGGUUAUGGCUGGAAGCUGAUUUUUGCCCUGCAGAAGUCAAAGCUGUUGUUUUCAGCUGUGAUGGUAAUAAGUGCCCCGGUGCCGAUGGGUUCAAAUUUAAAUUCCUUAAGUCCUGUUGGGAGAUAGUGGGCAAGGAUUUCUCGAAUUGCAUUUUGGAAUUCUUCAAAACUGGUUACCUUCCGAAGACCUUCGCUUCUUCCUUCAUCUCGCUUGUCCCGAAGUCUAAAAAUCCCUAA